AGAUGGCGGCUAAAGACGGUGAUAAGACUCAGGCCUUUCACUUUGCGAGGAAUCAACUCGUUAGAUUUCAGUACAUUGAGGAUUUCUCCGCUAUUCAUCCGAUAUAUUGAUCCGUUCUUGUUCAAAACUUUUGGAAAUCAGCCUAAUUAUCAGCUGAUCAUGAAACCCCGAACCUGAAGAUGCAGAGUUCCUCAUCGAAUGGUGACCGCAAACGCUCUCAAAUGGCGUUUGAAUUGUUCGAGCUAAUUUGUUUGCUGAGGGUUCGUCCACGUGUUUCUCAGCAGUUCUCCAAAGAUGACAUCAAACGAUUACCUUCCAUCCAACAAGCUGCGUUUCAUGAAGAUGACAAACACAAUUUGAUGGUGUUACUCUGUAGUAAUGGAUCUUUAUUGCUGCGUGCUGAGGCGAAGGGUGCUGCUUCAAUCGUAAAGCAAGUUUCUUGGUAUCAGAAUCCUGCAAAAGCUAUCAGAAUAAUAACUCUUGACCCAUCAGGUUCAUGGUUGGUUUGUGCUUGUGUAGACAGCUCCCUGUAUAUUGUACCAGUAGCUGGAAUUGUACAGAGUAAUUCUGAGAUGUCUGAUCAGCACUGGCCAAUAGAUGAUGUAACAUUCAUCUUUAAAAGUGAUAAACGAGGGCUUCCAUCUGGUUUAGUUUGGUGGAAGACAGUAGAUGAUUUGCACAUUGCUAUCAUAGGAACUGAGCCUGGUGAAAUAUUGUUUGUGGAUCUAAGAUCGAAAUUGAUGUUAGCUUCUGUGGAAUUGAAGGAGGGUAUUAAAUCCUUGGAGUUGAUGCAAGAUAAACAUCAUGAGACAACUUCACUACUGAUCAACACUUUGUCUGGUGUCACAGUCCAGAUGCAGCUUGAGUACAAGUCAAUGCAAAAAACAAGCCUUGAACAGUUAAAAAGUCCUUCAUCAGAGGCCACAGCUAUGGGUUAUGAGACACUAAACAAGAUGACCAUUCCCAUAGAGAGUGUGUUAAGUGGAACAGGAGAUCUGCAGGACAAAAUACAACCUAUGCCAGUCAGUUCCUCGGCUGGUGCUAUUCAGUUCUCAGUGCAGUAUGCUAGAAAUCAGCUGUUUAUUGGAGCUGAGAACAAAAAGAAAGACAUUCUGGAGGUAUAUGACUCUGAUGUAGAGAACCUGCCAAUGUUUGUGUAUCAACUUCCUUGUGGAACAUCCAAUGUUUUAUUAACUGAUAGAGUUAUAUUUACCAUUACUCACCAAGAACAGUCAGACGAGACUUUGUUUAACAUCCAGUCCAGUCAGCUUGCGGAAACCUCCCUUUCAGUACCAAAACCCCAUCAGAAGACAGAGUCAAGCAUCAUCCAAACCUUUGUGUUACCACCUGGUGAAAAAAUGGUGGCCAUGUUUCACCACUCAGAACAGGUGGAGAGUGCCAUUGUUGUUGAUGAUCUUGAUCAUUCACAUGCGUCAGACUGUUCCUCUGGGAUGUCAAACACUGUGGAUGGUGCGAUACUGGUCACAACAUCUGGUGUUUUUAAAUGCAGGCCAAAAAUGUCACCUGAGAAAUUGUUUCUCGAGCUAGCUGUAAAUAGUGCUGACACAUCAGCCGCCGAUGUGCUUGCCAUCACCACAGGCCUUGAUGUGAACAAGUUGUAUGAGAUGGCUGGCGAUGAGGCAUUGAAAAAUGAAAAGUUUGAACAUGCAUUAGAACUGUACCACUUAUCCAAGUGCUCAUUUGAGAGACGUGUUGCUCAAUUUGCAAAACAUGGCAGGGUUUCAGACAUCCUUGCUUAUCUCAGACAGGCACUCAGUAAACACAGUGAUGUUCACAUUGCAGAGAGGAAACGGCUAUCCAAUCUUACGCUCUUCUGCUUUAUACAACAGGUUCUUGUUAAGCAAUACAUUUUAGAAAAUCCUUAUUAAGGUGUUUUACCCUGUGUUAUUAGUGUUAAUUAGCUCUGGUUAGCCUCAUUUAUUUUUACUGAAACAACAGACU